AUGAGGCCUGUCACCGGAGCUGUUCUCAAGACGCUACUUCUGUUAUCUACUCCAAAUUGGAACAGGGUUUUAGCUGGGAAUUCCUACGAUUGUGAUGACCCUCUGGUGUCUGCCUUGUCUCAGGCAUCAUUCAGCAGUUCAUCCGAGCUCUCUAGCAGCUAUGGUCCUGGAUUUGCAAGGCUAAAUCGAAGAGAUGGAGCUGGUGGCUGGUCUCCACUUGUGUCAAACAAAUACCAGUGGUUGCAGAUUGACCUUGGAGAGAGAAUGGAGAUCACCGCUGUGGCCACCCAAGGGGGAUAUGGGAGCUCCAACUGGGUGACCAGCUACCUCCUAAUGUUCAGUGACAGUGGCAGGAACUGGAAACAGUAUCGACAAGAGGACAGUAUCUGGGGAUUUUCAGGAAAUGCAAAUGCAGACAGUGUUGUGUACUAUAGACUCCAGCCUUCUAUCAAAGCCAGAUUUCUGCGCUUCAUCCCUUUAGAGUGGAACCCCAGGGGCAGAAUUGGAAUGCGAAUCGAGGUGUUUGGAUGUGCAUAUAGAUCAGAGGUGGUUGAUCUUGAUGGGAAAAGUUGCCUUCUCUACAGAUUUGAUCAAAAAUCCCUGAGCCCAAUAAAGGAUAUAAUUUCUUUGAAAUUUAAAACUAUGCAGAGCGAUGGGAUUCUACUCCACCGGCAAGGGCAAAAUGGAGAUCACAUCACACUGGAGUUAAGAGGAGGAAAACUCUUUUUAGUUAUUAAUUCAGGUGAAGCUAAGCUGCCCUCCACUCACGGCCCGAUCAGUCUCACCCUGGGCAGCCUGCUGGACGACCAGCACUGGCAUUCCGUGCUCAUCCAACGCUUGGGCAAACAAGUCAACUUUACAGUGGAUGAGCACAGACAUCGUUUCCACGCCCAGGGAGAGUUCAGUUACCUACAUCUCGAUUAUGAGAUCAGCUUUGGAGGGAUUCCAGCACCUGGAAAAUCAGCGUCAUUCCCCCAUAAACAUUUUCAUGGGUGUUUAGAAAAUCUCUAUUAUAAUGGAGUGGAUGUUAUUGAUUUGGCCAAGCAACAGAACCCACAGAUCAUCAUUAUGGGAAAUGUGUUGUUUUCUUGUUCAGAACCACAGUCUGUGCCUGUGACUUUUCUGAGCCCCAGGAGUUACUUAGCACUGCUGGGCUCUUCCGGGGAGGACGAAGUUUCUGCCACUUUUCAAUUUCGAACCUGGAAUAAGGAGGGGCUACUGCUAUUCAGUGAGCUUCAGCUGGUUUCAGGGGGUCUCCUCCUCUUUCUUAAUGAUGGAAGACUUAAGGUGAAUCUCUACCGUCCAGGGAAAUUACCCAGUGACAUCACAGCAGGUGUUGGAUUAAAUGAUGGGCAGUGGCAUUCCGUCUCUUUGUCUGCCAAAAGGAGUUACCUGAGCGUGGUGGUGGAUGGCCAAGUGGCUUCUGCAUCUCCUUCCCUGGGGCCUGAGCAGAUUUAUUCAGGGGGCACCUAUUAUUUUGGAGGUUGUCCUGACAACAGCUUUGGAUCCAAAUGUAAAAGUCCACUUGGUGGGUUUCAGGGAUGUAUGAGACGCAUUUCUAUCAAUCACAAGAUGGUAGAUCUGAUUUCAGUUCAGCAGGAGUCCCUUGGGAACUUCAGCGACCUUCAGAUAGACUCAUGUGGAAUCACAGACAGGUGUUUGCCCAACUAUUGCGAACACGGUGGUCAAUGUUCCCAGACCUGGGACACCUUUCACUGCAACUGUACAAACACUGGAUACAGGGGAGCAACUUGCCACAACUCUAUCUAUGAGCAGUCAUGUGAAGCCUAUAAGCAUAGAGGAAAUACUUCAGGAUUUUACUAUAUAGAUGCAGAUGGAAGUGGUCCCCUGGAACCAUUUCUUCUAUAUUGCAAUAUGACUGAAACUGCGUGGGCCAUCAUCCAGCACAAUGGCUCCGAUGUAACAAGAGUCCGCAGUACCAAUCCAGAGAACCCCUAUGCUGGAUUUUUCGACUACGUGGCCAGCAUGGAGCAACUGCAGGCCACAGUUAACCGUGCGGAGCACUGUGAACAGGAGCUGACCUACUACUGCAAGAAGUCACGACUUGUAAAUAAGGAAGAUGGAACCCCUCUGAGCUGGUGGGUUGGAAGAACCAAUGAAACACAAACUUACUGGGGAGGUUCUUUACCUGAUCCUCAAAAAUGUACUUGUGGAUUAGAGGGGACCUGCAUCGAUUCUCAGUAUUACUGCAACUGCGAUGCUGACCGGAAUGAAUGGACCAAUGACACUGGAUUCCUUUCUUAUAAAGAACAUCUGCCAGUAACUAAGAUUGUGAUCACAGACACCGGUCGACCACAUUCAGCAGCAGCCUAUAAACUAGGGCCUCUGCUCUGCCGGGGAGACAGGUUAUUUUGGAAUUCAGCUUCCUUCAAUACUGAGGCUUCAUACCUUCAUUUUCCUACUUUCCACGGAGAACUUAGUGCAGACGUGUCUUUCUUUUUUAAGACAACAGCUUCAUCUGGGGUAUUUUUAGAGAACCUGGGGAUUACUGAUUUUAUACGGAUAGAGCUACGCUCUCCUGCAGUCGUGACAUUUUCAUUCGAUGUGGGGAAUGGGCCUUUUGAAAUCUCGGUGCAGUCACCCACUCACUUCAGCGACAACCAGUGGCACCACGUUAGGGUUGAGAGGAACACGAGAGAGGCAUCUGUUCAAGUGGAUCAGCUCUCACCAAGGACGCAGCCCGCUCCGGCUGAUGGGCAUGUCCUCCUGCAGCUCAACAGUCAGCUCUUUGUGGGUGGAACGGCCACCCGACAGAGGGGCUUUCUGGGAUGCAUUCGGUCUCUGCAGUUGAACGGAAUGGCCCUGGACCUGGAAGAAAGAGCCAAGGUGACUCCGGGAGUGGAGCCGGGCUGCAGAGGGCACUGCAGCAGCUACGGGAAGUUGUGCCACAACGGCGGGAAGUGCAGGGAAAAGCCCAGCGGCUUCUCCUGUGACUGCACCUCCUCUGCAUACGCAGGGCCGUUCUGCUCAGACGAGAUUUCUGCCUAUUUUGGAUCUGGCUCAUCUGUGAUUUACAAUUUUCAAGAAAAUUACUCCCUAAGUAAAAAUUCCAGCUCCCAGGCGGCUUCAUUUCACGGUGACAUGAGGCUAAGCAGGGAAACGAUCGAGUUUAGCUUCCGCACCACACGGACCCCGAGCUUGCUGCUCUACGUCAACUCCUUUUAUAAAGAAUACCUUUCAGUUAUCAUUGCCAAAAAUGGAAGUUUGCAGAUCAGGUACAAGCUAAACAGACAUCAAGAACCCGAUGUGGUUAACUUUGAUUUCAAAAACAUGGCUGAUGGACAGCUUCACCACGUAAAGAUUAACAGGGAAGAAGCAGUGGUCUUUGUGGAGAUUGAUGAGAAAGCGAGGAGACAAGUCCACCUUGCAUCAGGUACAGAACUCAGUGCAGUCAGAUCCCUUGUACUGGGCAGGAUUCUAGAACACAGUGACGUGGACCAGGAGACGGCGCUGGCAGGUGCACAGGGCUUCCUGGGCUGUCUCUCUGCUGUGCAGGUCAGCCACGUGGUGCCGCUGAAGGCCGCUCUGCACCGCAGCCGCCCAGCCCCCAUCACCAUCUCAGGACACGUGACGGAGUCCAGCUGUGUGGCCCAGGCUGGCACCGAUGCCACAUCAAGGGAGAGGACACACUCCUUUGCAGAUCAUUCUGGAACAAGAGAUGACAGAGAACCCGUCACUAACACAAUCAAGAGUGACUCUGCAGUAAUUGGAGGUUUGAUAGCUGUUGUGAUCUUUAUCUUGCUGUGCAUCACUGCCAUAGCUGUCCGCAUUUAUCAGCAGAAAAGGUUAUACAGAAGAAAUGAGGCAAAAAGGUCAGAGAAUGUAGACAGUGCUGAGGCUGUUUUGAAAAGUGAGCUUAAUACACAAAAUGCAGUCCGUGAAAAUCAGAAAGAGUACUUCUUCUGAUCGGCAGCAGUGAUUUACCUUAUAAUUACAGCAGUCUGAUUUAAUAGCCAGGGGCUCUCAAGGGACAAAAAACAGUUCUUACAUUGAAUGUACAGGCAAUGGAUUUGCAGCACUGCCAUGUUGCCAUGUCCAGACUCGAGACAGCUCCAGGAGGCCUCAUCCAGUGACAUACUUCCCACAGUGGUCAUUCUAUAUAACAAGGAGUUUUAGAUAUUGAGAUUAAUUUCCAACUGUUCUGAUAUGAUCUGAAACAGAAGUUUAACCCACUUGAGAGCUACAGGUUUUCAAUGUGAAAAGUGUAGCCCUGGCCUCUCAGCCAUAAGUGAUACCUAAGUUGUGUGAGAGGUGAAAGUCAAAAUUGGACUAUAAUGACCUUGCUUUAUUUGAGAACAUAUUCUGUGUUUGCUUUCGUGUCCCCAUGGUGUUAUUCAUAGACCUGGAAAUGCUUCUAAGAUCCUGUUUGGCUGGUGUUUGCAUCUUCAGUGGCCAAAAGUAUAUAAACCCCUUUGCCUUUCUCUGUAUUGCAUUCAAUACAAUUUAU